AUGGCGUUCAACUUCAACUGGUCGCCGCUUAUGGCGGAUGCGAGUUUCUACACUCGUGCGCAAGAUUUAUUAACGGCUGCGCUCAAUAAGUCGCCGAAACCGCCCAUCAUCGUCGACGAUAUCAUCGUAACGGAACUCAACCUUGGUUCCAUCCCCCCGGAGCUGGAGAUCUUGGAGAUUGGAGACCUGGCGGAGGACCGGUUUCGAGGCAUCUUCAAGAUGUCCUAUACGGGAGACGCAUUUCUGACUCUCAAAACGCGAGUCCAAGCGAAUCCGCUGAAUACAUAUCUCCUCACACGACCAUCCUUUGCAACGCCCCGACCUCUGGCUGCAGCUACUCCUCUGACAAUACCUCUCCAAAUCACUCUUUCCGAUUUUAAAUUAUCCGGCUUCGUCAUCUUGGUCUUCUCGAAACAAAAAGGAAUCACCGUGGUUUUCCGAAACGAUCCGCUCGAAUCACUCAAGGUCUCUUCGACUUUCGACUCUAUCCCGUUUGUGCGCGAUUUCCUGCAGAAGGAAAUUGAAGCGCAGCUUCGCAUCCUCUUUAUGGAUGAGUUGCCCGCUAUCAUCCAUCGAUUGUCGCUUCGAUUGUGGGUUCCGGAGUACCGAGCUGGAGAGGAAUUGCAGACUCAAACGGAAAGCGCAAAUGGCGAAGGACCUGGUCAAGACCCUCUUGCCAGCCCGCCACAAGAUCCCGUCGACGCUCUAGGAAACGCUUUGAACGAGUCGGAAAUCGAAUCGCUUUCACUGGAUUCGUCUGUCGAAACCCAUUCACUGUUUUCUCAGAAAAACCUUUUGCGUUUGGCUGCCCUUACGGACUCUCAACGGACACUAUCACUCUUCACCCCUUCCAUCAGGGAGGUGGUUUACCGCGCAUGGACCUCGCCUUCAGAUCAGACCGAUGCCUCCGGAAGCGUGACGUCACCCUUCAGUCCCGUCCUUUCCAGAACACAGUCCCAGGUUGGCAGUAUGUCGUCCUUCCCAGAUUCGGCCAGCAUGGUUUCGAGCCAGGGUCGGUCUUCGACACCUUCCCACACCUUUAGCGGAUAUGGCUUGAGUCUAGGGGCUGGCCGUCAUUCGAAGGCUCAUGCUCGAAAGCGAAAGAAGCGCGUUGUCGAUCUGCGUCGCCCAAAGACCACUGAUGACGCAUCAAGCGUGAGCGAUGAGAGCGCAUUUAGCGAGUCGACCAGCGCUCCCUCUAUCUGCUCAGCCCCUCUGCCAGUCCUAGAUGAACAGACCGAUGAUCCGGUGACGCCGCCCUUGUCCCCGGAUAGUGAUCUAAACCUUCCUGCCAUCCCCGAACGACACCGUAUGAGUAUCUCUCGGCCUGCGCUCCGCCGUGAGGUUGCGUCAGCGAUGAUCCGCGAUACGGCAGAAUCUAAACCAUCGUCCGAUCCUGUUGUUCAGGACGAGGACCUGAGCGCCACUCCGCGUGCCACUGUGCGCACCCAUCCUGCGUCUGGUCUUGAAAAGGGAAACCAGGCCACUGGUUCGUCCGCAGGGUCAUCGCGACAGCUACCCUCCACGAUUCUUCCGUUUAUCAAUGACAGUCCUACUGGCGGGGUUGUCGACCAGGCCUUGGUUGAAAGGCUCGCCGGAGAGAUUGCUCGUCGCAUGCGAGACGAGAAAUUCAUGGCAAGCAACGCAUGCGGCCCUUUUUGGGAACGCCACAGCCAAGAAGAGUCUCCUCCGCCGGCCUAUGGCCAUUGA